GGGCUUAAGUGGUUAGCUUUUUCGGUACUUCCUGGAGUUGGCAGGGGCAGGGGGGGGGGAAGGAGGGGGAGUGGGGGUUUGGGGGGGGGGUAGGGGGAGGGGGGGACUGCUGCCGCCCAUCCACCUAUCUAUCCAUCUUGUCGGUUUUAGACACCAACCACAGAGAGAACUAGGAUAGAGAGAGACCUAAGACAGAGAAAACCCCGGAAGGGAGAAAUGAGGGGUGGGGGUGAGGGGAAGGUGGUGGUACAACAUCAUGACAGGGGGAGAAAAGAGUGUACAAGUGAAGAUGGGGAAGCCUGCUCCCUCACCUGCCGCCUGACGGAUGACACUCUUCUCAUUGUAUUCUCCCUCUUCUCCACCCGUCAGCUACUGAUGUCAGCAGCUCUCGUCUGCCGGCGAUGGUGUCGCCUGGCAAGGACAUAUGUGGUGCGGGCAAUAGACCCUCCACGGUACUCACUUCAUUCAUGUCCGUGGGGAUCUCUGGGGGCAAAAUUUGUUAUGCAAUUAGCGGAACGACACUCUUCAACUGCUGAAGUCCUGAAUCUUCAUGGACUGACGGAAAUCUCUGGACCGCAAAUCGCAACCCUUGUACAGAUGAUGCCCAAGUUAACAGAUCUGACGGUUGUUGGAUGUCAGGGACUGCUUUCGACACACCUUGAUGGUCUGGUUGGUGCGCUACCUGUUGGGUUGGAGCGUCUGGAUCUUCAUCUCGACCAUCUUCUGGGAUCUCGACUCUGUUCUUCCAUGGGAUCUGUGUCGCCUUCAUCUCUGCUCGUCACCGACAGAUUUGCCGACGCAUUGGCGCGGAGGUGCACUGCCUUGAGGGAUUUAAAUCUUGAGAACGCCUGCACGUUGUCGGAGAGAGGGAUAGGCAUUCUGACCAAGUGCUUCCCCGAGUUGACAGCGCUGUCGCUGCAGAGUCCUCUGCUCGGUUGGUCCGACGUGCAGACAAUCUUUUCCGGUUGUCAGCGACUCAAGCGGUUUUCGCUGGUAUCGCCGCACCUCCAACUCCACUCGGGCCGCCGACCUGGAGGUCGUUGGAAUGCGGGGAUGCCGCGUCAAGCGCUUCAUCUCGCCAGGAGCAUGCCGCCUUCCCUGUCCUCUUUGCGACUGUAUUCGGCACCGCACGAAUCCAUUCCAUUGGAGGGAAAAAUGACAAUCACAUUGAUCACAGAGAAAGGUGUACAGCUUGAAGAGCUCCAUCUGCAGUCACGUUUCCAGUCCACGUGGCAGACAGUCAGCGUUUGGUGUCCAUCCCUUCGCUGUCUUGAUCUGUCUCAUUCAUCUCGCUCAGCUCAUACAUUUACUGAGGUGGACGAGGUCGUUCUGGAGGGAGCAUUACAGCUCAUGACGAGAUUGGAACGGCUGGCUUUGCCCACGGCCACUGAUGAUAUCUUGAGAGCUGUUGGGAAGCAUUGCCCUCUUCUCGUUGAGCUGCGGUUUCAGGGUCAUGAAUCUCAGAGCAAAUUGUUGCCCCGCUUGCCAGUAACUGAUCGUGGAGUCGUCGCAAUUGCUGAACAUUGCCCUUUUCUGAGGGUUCUCAGCCUGGCAGGCUGCAGGAAUGUCACUGCUAGCUCAGCAAGGGCUUUGGCUUUUCAUUGCCAGAUGUUGGAGGUGCUGCAUCUGACGUCUGUCAGUCAGAUGAGUGAUGAAGGAGUAGAGCUGUUGAUGAAGAACAACUGGUUGACGGUGUUGGACGUACUGGGAUGCGCGCGCAUAACGAAGGCAUUUGUGCAGUUUCUUGUCCGACAGUUCACGAAAUCUCCUGAGAGGCUGCGUCUUCGUGUUCUUGCGGUUUCCUCGGCGCUGAAGGUGGGAGCGGCAAAGGAGUUCCGGGACAUUGCAGCGGCGCACCCCCGUCUGGACAUCAGAGUUGGCGAGAGCGGCAUGAGCUGGGACGGGUUUGUGAAUGCGCGCCCUCUCCUGAGUGAUUGCUGGUAAGCCGUACGGAAAUGUAUCAUACCAGUUUCUGUGGCAAGAUACGUCACGGGAAUCGUGUGCUUAUUGCCAGAAGCGAUGUGCGAGCAGUGCUUGCUGCCAGCUCACGCUGCAGGCAGAGCGGCCGGCAGGCAAGGUAAUGAGCACGAAAAAAAAAUGUCAAGUACAACAGAGUUACGACUGAAAUGUUUUCAGAAUGCAUCUAGCCACUUUCUGGGCUAAGAUACGCCGUCAAUGCUUAUAUCCAAAACAAACAUCGGGUACGUCAUCUUCGAGCACCUUUUAGCUGCUCCGAAGGAGGAGUGCUACCAAAAUGUAUCGAAUGUAUCGACCGCUUUCUGGGCUAAGGUACAUCAUCCAUGCACAUUCCUUUUUGGGAAAAAAAGGAAAAACAGGUCAUGGGGGGGUUCAGAGUCUCUCAAGGCGAGAUUGAGGAGAGGGAAGAUGUUUGAGAAGAUAAGAUCGCAACGAGAUUAGAUCGAGACGAGAGAAGAACGACGGCGUAGUACUCGCACUAGCUCUAUCCUAAAUGUAUCCGAUCGCAUUUACGGCCAGAUACGUGAUCGCCGCAUUUACGGCCAGAUACGUGAUCGCAUUUACGGCCAGACCUGCAUGUAUCUGACUGCAAUGACGUCCAGAAAAAAAAAGUAAACAGGUUCUAGUGUG